AUGUCGGGUGGCUUCCUGAAGGUGCUGCGCAGCGACUCCUAUGUCGAGCUGAGCCAGUACCAGGACCAGCACUGCUGGGGUGACAGUGAAGAACAGGAAGAAUUAAUUACUGAAGGAAAGCUGUACACCACAUGUUGGAAAUCUCUCCUCUUAUACACAACUGAAGAACAGAUCUAUGAACUCUUCAGCAAAAGUGGUGACAGAGAGAAAAUCAUCAUGGGCCUGGGUAAAAUGAAGAAAACAGCAUGUGGGUUCUGCUUUGUAGAACACUGUUCAAGAGGAGAUACAGAAAAUGCCAUGUGGUACAUAAAUGGAAUGCAUCUGGAUGACCGGAUCAUUCACACAGACUGGGACACAGGCUUUAAGGAGGGCAGGCAGCAUGGCCGUGGGCAUUCUGGAGGCCACGUACGAGAUGAGUAUCGUCGGGACUAUGAUGCUGGGAGAGGAGGCUAUGGAAAACUGGCCCCAAACCUACUGUCUAUAAAGGGAGGGGACGGGGCUUAUGAGCUCCCCCCGCAUCUCUGGGAAGCUGCUUUUAGUUCUCUGGGCUGCAGUGGCUGCUGGCUCCCUGAAGAGCCGGCUCCCUUUCAGCAGUUUCUCCUCUCCAGCUGGCCUAGCAGGCAGACCAGAGGGGGCCGGAACAGGUUUGCUGCUUCCCAGGGAGCUCGUGAACCAUCACAGCCACCAGUGCCACCCACUUGGCCUGGCAUUCCAGGCCCUUCGUAUCAGGCCCUGGACCAGCACCCCAAUGUUUCUGCCCACUUCUCUCCUGCUCAGAUUCUCCACGGCAACCUGGCUGGCCGACUCACCAUUGGCACCAAGGUCAGAGAACUCCUUACUCCAGGGGCCAAUCAGCUGGCGGGAGCUCGGGCUGCUGCCGCUGCAGCAGCCAAACAAAGGGAGAUGCACAGUGACGAAGGUCGGCACUUUGGACGAGUCAGGAAAAUGAAUUUCGUUCGCUUCUUAAUUAGAUUAGGAGGCUGGCGGCUGGCAAUUCAGAGCACUGUUGGUGUCGGGAUGGGGCGUGGGGAGGCAGGGCUGCAGCAGGGGUCUGCAGGUGGCCAGCUAGCUCCCAGCCUCCCUAGGGACUGUCCCCUGGGCUCUACUUCUCGAGGGCUGUGA